AGGUGGGAAUACACUAGGUAUAUUGUUGUUGUUACGUUACUUUCUUAAAGUAUUUUCUUUAGCUGCAACAAAUAGUAUCAUUCAUGUUGUGUAGGUGCAGUGUCAGUCGAAGAGUCGUUUUUCUGAGCCAGACACCGACUCUGCCCCCCCCCGUCGUGGACAUAUCAUUGGAGCCUCUCCGAGUAAAGAGAGAAGACGGUGACAGAUUCUACUCGAGCCGGCAGGUGGCUAAUGAAUAUAAUGUGCAAGAACAACUUAGUUCACAUCUUGCAAGAACUCAAACGUCUCCCAACCAAGCGGAUGGACCUCCUAAUACACUAAUCAAAGCUGAAUUGCCAUGCUCAUCAGCUCGAGGAACCAAUCUAUCUGACAAAUAUCGAGUCUUGAAGACCGUAAAGGGGCGGUUAACAUUUUUGAGCAGGAGGUCACGGGUUCAAGCCUUGGAAACAGCCUCCGGCAGAAAUGCACGGUAAAGCUACGUAUAAUACACCCUUGUGGUGGGGUGGGGCCCAGACACCGCGCAUAGCGGUAGCUUUAG